UCCCACAUCACCCAUGGAACAAAAUAAACUUGCACGAACAAAACCCUCGGUCGCAAAACCCUCUCAAACCCGCCGCUCUUGCCUCCCCGGGCUGUUUCUCGGUCUCCCCUGACCCCUCGCCGGGACCUUCCAAACCCUCGCAAGAAUCCCAGCCGCCACCGAUGGCGACGCCGUCUCCGGUGGGCCUGAAGCAGAGCUACCGGUGCGUGUCCUCGCUGCAGCAGUUCUACAGCGGGGGCGCCUUCGCAGUCGCCUCCGACGGCGCCUUCCUCGCCUGCGCCUGCGGCGACCAGAUCAAGGUCGUCGACGCUUCUGACGCCUCUGUUCGGGCGACCCUCGAUGGCGACUCCGAGGCCGUCACCGCCCUCGCCCUCAGCCCCGACGACCGCUUCCUCUUUUCCGCCAGCCACAGCCGUCUGAUCCGCGUCUGGGACCUUUCCUCCCUCAAGUGCAUCCGUUCUUGGAAGGGACAUGAUGGGCCAGUGAUGGGCAUGGCAUGCCAUUCUUCUGGCGGAUUGAUUGCUACAGCAGGGGCAGAUAAAAGGGUCUGUGUCUGGGAUGUGGAUGGUGGCUUUUGCACACAUUUCUUCAAAGGUCACCAGGAUGUUGUGACGAGCAUUGCAUUCCAUAGUGAUCCAAACCGCUUACUUCUUUUCUCAGGAAGCAAUGAUGCAAGCAUACGAGUUUGGAAUCUUGAAAGUAAAAAGUGUGUUGCAGUGCUGGAAAAACACUUCUCACCGGUGACUUCCUUGGCACUAUCAGAAGAUGGACAGACUUUGCUCAGUGCUGGAAGAGAUAAGGUCGUGAAUAUAUGGGACCUGCGUAAUUAUAGCUUUAAGAUCACAGUACCAGCAUAUGAGAUGGUGGAAACUGUUUCCGUUAUUCAAUUGGGGACUAGCUUGUCAGCUUGUUUGGGCCUAUCUGAAUUGCCAAGUGGGAAGAGAAAAGCGAGUAGUUCACCGAUUUAUUUUUUGACAGUCGGUGAGCGUGGAAUUGUACGCAUAUGGAACUCAGAAGGUGCAGUUUGUAUAUAUGAGCAGCAAUCUUCGGAUGCUACUAUUAGCUCAGAUAAGGAAGACUCCAGAAGAGGAUUUACAUCAGCUGUUAUAUUACCGUCGGAUCAAGGAUUGCUCUGUGUUACUGCUGACCAGCAGUUUCUGUUUUAUUCCCCUAUCAAAUCAGUUGAACGGGCAUUUGAGUUGAACCUGCACAAACGUCUUGUUGGUUAUAAUGAAGAGAUUCUUGAUAUGAGGUUCUUGGGUGAAGAUGAAGAAUAUCUUGCCGUGGCUACAAAUUUGGAACAGGUGCGAGUUUAUGAUGUUGCAUCCAUGUCAUGUGCUUAUGUAUUGUCAGGGCACACAGACAUUGUUGUAUGCCUUGACACAUGCAUUUCAAGUUCAGGGAGGCCACUUGUGGUAACUGGAAGCAAGGACAAUAGUGUAAGUAACCUUCCUUCUAAGACACAAUGCUUCAAUGGAGUGACCAGCUACUUUUAUAUGAGGCCUAUUUGAGAAUGGCUCAGUUAUAUGGUCAUGUAGAUGGCUGGAAACUUAGAGCUGGCCUGGAGUUUAGCACUAGGGCCAUUUACAUACUGUAGCUUGAAUAAUGGCUUUUACCUGG